UAUAUAUUAUAGAUAACAUAGAAAGAGUGGAAUCAUUGACUUCUCUAAGAAUUACUGGCUUUAGAAAAUGUUAAAGACAUGACCGUGUCUUUAGGUGUCUUAAGGCUUGAUCAACCCGUUAUGCUGGUAUCAGUUAGACAAAGAAUGUAGAGGGGAGAUCUGUCUGGAAUGUGUAACGUAGCUCAGUGAACGCUCAGUUUGUAGUGAAACGUGGUGGGAGAUACGUCGAAUGAGUCUGGAAUACGUUGAUCCCCGCGCGAAGCCAGCGGCGGGGCCGGUGGGGGAGCCGUCGCGCACAUGCCAUGAUUGCGACUUCAUAAGGCGGAUAUUGAUACCGGAGAUGGUCCACGAUCGUUGCUUCUGCGAGCCGGGAUCCAGAGAGUUUGUUGAGUUUGAUUCCGCUGAUGUGAAGCACUUGGACCGGAAGGGGAGCGGUCGCGAGAACACGCUACACCGGGUGACGGCGCGCGUAAAGUUUUCCGGCGUGACAUGCAGCUUCCCCAUUAUUAUCAAGCUGCCUAAACCACAUACGGAUUCUCCGCCGUCCGGCCCCUUCCUGAACGAGGAGAUGUUUUACAGCAAGAUGACGUUCGACUACGGGACGAACGCCGUCCCGAGGUGUUACCUGUCCGACCUGGGUCGAUACGAUCGGGCUGCCAUCGCGCUGGAGGAUCUAGCCGCGCGUGGUUACACGCAGGUGGAUAAUAAAUUGGACGAGGAUCAUCUGAAAUUAUGCGUGAAAACUCUGGCGGCGUUUCACGGUCGAGGGCUGAAGCUGAGGGCGCAUAAGUUUCCCAUUUUUAGGGAAUUCUAUGCGAAACUGUCCGCACCGAUGGACUGGUUGUACCUUCGUACAGAUACAGAGACGAGCAUCGCCAGAACAUCGCCUCCAGAAGCGCGAUCGGAUGAUCCUAAAUGUUUCGACUCUUCAGCAUAUUCCGCAUUGCCAGUUGAGGCAGAUCUCUCGGGAAAAAUAAAAAAAAAGUGGGACGUAACGACCAAACUGGAGUACAACGAUUUUUGGACCAUCUGUCAUGGUAAUUUUACGCGGGAUAACUUGUUGUUCAGAUAUGAGAAUGGGAAACCGAACGAUGUGAAAGUAAUCGAUUGGGGAACAAUGAGAUAUUGCUCACCAUCGAUCGACUUUGGUCACGUUCUUCUGCAAAAUCUACCCGAUGGUGAUAAUCUGUCGGAGAUCGAGACAUUCUGCCGGAAUAUGUUGCGAAUUUAUUUAGACUUCGUGAAAGACGAGUAUCAGGAAGUGGAUCGCGAGCUUUUGGAACGAGACAUUAUCGCCAAGUUACCGUUUGCGUAUGGCAGAAUUGAAAAUCUCAUGCCCAAGGAAGAAAUCAAAGAAGAAAUCACCAAGAGGAGGAUAAUGUUACACACGCUCGACCGUUUGGGCAGCUUCGACUAGAAACUGUUUUCAUCGUGUAUUGCUGUAGACAUCGCAGCAUACAUUAUUCUUUAUAUCUUUCAAAACAUUAAACCUUAUCGCGCGUAUUCGUCGAUAAUGGCAUAUAUCGAAGAAAGUGCUGUUAUGAAUUUAAGUCCAAAGGUUUUUCACUUUUAUCGUCGUGCUUUUAUUAUUACAAAUGAUGCUUCCGAUGUAAAAGACACUUUAUGUCGCAGGAAAUGCGCAGGAAAAUAAAAUAUUUGAUUUAAAAUUGCGAAA